AUGGUGGCAUCCUCCACAGUGGCUGCCGGAGCUCCCAUGGCACCUACACGGCCACCCGGUGGUGAUUCUGGACCUUUGUCCUCGUCCUCCGGUGCCUCCGCCGGCCUGACAAUAGGUUGGCCUCCGCUCUUCUGGCGACCAGCUCCCAAGCGUCACUGGGCACUGGUGCCAAGAACACCUCCCUGCCGGCCUGCAGAGGGAUUCUCGUGUGGCCUGGCACUGGCGGAGGGGACCCCUCUCCGUCUGUGCCUGGUCACGCGGUGUCCUGGGAACCGCCUUGACCAUCGCUCUGAGAGCUGGACCAUGUCCUCGGCCGCCCCGGACCGAAAUGGCAGGCCAUCCCUGCUGCCGCAGGCAUCCACCGCACCGCUGAGUCCUCGCAGCCCGGCCAUCAGCCCUGCUUCGGGUACAGGAGCCAUGCAACCCACGCUGCUGUUUCCACCCACCACCUUGAUCAUUGGUGACAGCAUUGCACGAGGUAUCUGUUUUUUUAAUGCCAUCACUCAUUCUUUUCCCGGUGCAACUGUCGCUGACAUCACAGCAAAACUCCCCGGUCUUCUCCAGUCACUUCCUCCCUCUAUCCACCAUAUCAUUGUUCACGUCGCCGUCGUUCAACCUGCCUUCUCCCUGCCUCACUGCCCACCCCACAGCCCCCUCCCCUGAAGAUGGCCCUUCAAAACACCCGCUCCCUCAACAACAAAGGACACAUCCUGGCUGACUUCUUAACAGACAAUAACCUGGACUACCUCUGCCAAACUGAAACCUGGCACAACCAUCUCAACCUCUUUUCCCUCAACCAAGCCACGCCCCCAGGUUACUCCUACAUGCACCAACCCUGCCUCACUGGACGAGGCAGUGGCAUAGCAUUCAUCCACAAACAGACCCUCAAGACCACCCCCAUCCCCACCCUGUCUGUUCACCCAUUUGAAAAUAUUUACGUCAAACUCCCCGGCCCCACCCCUCUGGUCAUUAUCACCAUCUACCGCCCUCCAAAGCCCCACCCAUCAUUCUUCUCUGAUUUCUCUGACUUUGUCACCCACCUAAGUACCAUCUCAUCCUCUGUCCUGCUGCUUGGAGACUUCAAUUUUCACAUCGACAACCCCACCUGCAAACAAGCCUCUGAUUUUCUUGGAUCUACUCGACACCAUCAACCUCACCCAGCAUGUACACUCCCCCACCCACUCCCACGGCCACACCCUCGACCUCGUCUGCUCCACCGGCAUCUCCAUCCACCAUCUCUCCACUAUCAACCUCUACAUAUCUGACCACGUGGCUAUCACUUUCAGAGUUGACACCCCCCCCCCCCCUUCACAGUGAAAAACGACACAUCUCCUUCAGAAACCUCAAAUCCAUCUCGCCUCAGGACCUCUCCACUUCCCUAUCUGCUUUCCUCACUGCAUCCCCUCCCCCACCUUCUGCUUAAUUUGCUCACCUACCCAACUACUACAAUAACACUCUAUGCUCCUGCCUGGACCAGUUCGCACCCCUCAAAACAAGAACAGUUUCAUUUAGACACUCUGCCCCCUGGUUUACCUUAGAACUGCACAAAAUGAAAUCACACAAACGCCAACUGGAAUGUCUCUACCACAAAACCGGCCUCACCGUCCAUCUCCAAGCCUACACCAACCAUCUCCACCUGUACAGCACAGCCCUCAACUCCACCCGUUCUUCCUAUUACUCCAACCUCAUCCACUCCGGCUCCAGUAACCAAAAGGCUCUUUUCUCCACAGUCAAUAAACUGCUCCACCCCAUAGACAGCAUCUCCAUCACCUUCACCCCAGAAAAGUGCAACUCAUUCCUCUCCUCUUUUCAAUCCAAAAUCAACACAAUCUACAACUCCCUUCCCCCACCCUCCAUUCCCAGCUCCUCCCCUCAUCCCAUCAGCACUCUCCCGCUUCUCACCAGUUUCUCCAACUGA